UCCUCUUGUCUCUCUCCACUCCCGGCAGGAUGCAGGCUGAGCGGCGGGGAGCCGAGCCCGGAGGAGGAGGAGGAGGAGGAGGAGGCUGAGGCGGGUCCCUCCCUGCCUCCUACCGGCCGGUGCAGGAUGGAACAUGAGGCUUCCCAGCUAGAAAAGCAACAUGUGCAUAGUGUCUAUGAAAACACGGCCACCUAUUUCAAUGAUCUUCAGGGCAAAGCAUGGCCUCGUGUUCGACAGUUUCUGCUAGAACAAAAGCCUGGAAGCCUCAUUGCAGAUAUAGGUUGUGGGACUGGAAAAUAUCUUGGUGUCAACAGCCAAGUAUAUAACCUUGGAUGCGAUUAUUGUGGCCCUUUGGUUGAGAUUGCAAAGACUAAAGGUUGUGAAGUGAUGGUCUGUGAUAACCUUAAUCUCCCUUUUCGUGGUCAGUGCUUCAAUGCAGUCAUCUCUGUGGGAGGCUCCCAGUUGCUUUCUGAAUCCAAUAAGGUUGGACAUAGCACCGAUAUUGCACAUACAGGAAGUUCUCAGUCCAUGCAUUCAUGCCAAGUAAUGGGCUCUAAAUACAGCUAUCCUUUCACCCUUGAUCUGAAACAUCCCCAAAGGACUGAUGGCUGCUUAGCUGAAGCCUGCUGUGUGAAAAUUUCUAAUGGGGUAGAAAACCGAUUUUACAGAGGCCUUGGGAGAUCUUUCCGUUCGUGGUUUUCCUCCAGAUCCCUAGAUGAGUCAGCUUUGAGUAAACAGAAUGAAAAAAUGGAGUCGUUGAAGAACACAGUUGGGUGGACAAACAGCACGGUAUCAAUUCAGCCAUCAAGACACUGCAGCUUAGACCUAGGUUGCCAUGGAUCAUUGUUGAAAGAACCCGUUGACUACGAUGAAGUGUUCAUGAAGCAUAUGGCUUGCAAGAAAAUGGAAUGGCUGACGGCUUCGAGAUCAAUGAGAGAUUUCAAUGGCGAGCCACCUGCAUUAGUCCAAAGCCACAGUGGUGAUGCCUCGUUUCUCAGUAGUCCCGUUAGAAACAUAAACAAUGGUUAUAUCCACCCAAGCAAUACUCGACCCUUUCCAGGCAAACACAUCCAAAGGACUUCUUCAGUUAGCUCUAGCGAGUCUGUUGUAGAUGCUGCUGUGGCCGUGGGAAACCAGGCCGAUCUUGGAGAGGAUGCCAAAGCCUUCAUGCGUUACUACCAUGUAUUUCGGGAAGGGGAGUUGUUCGCUUUGCUUGAAGAAAAUGUGCCUGAGGUUCACGUACUGAGUUCAAGCUACGAUCAUGGGAACUGGUGCAUUAUUGUGAAGAAGAAUGAACCACAACAGAGAUGAACUAUGAAGAAUACAGCUGUCAGAGAUUGCUUCCCGUGGAAUUUUAGAGACCUUCGUUCAAUUCUUGCCACCAUUUUAUGUGCAUCGAUAUAACAUGCGCAUAAAGGAUGCCAUAGAGGGGGAAGAGGGUACUAGACAUUUUGAGGAAACACAGGUGUGUUACAAAUAAUAUUUGUCAUAAUUUGAUAUUGCUUUUACGAAAUCUGUUUUGUGUUUCAA